UGGGGUCGCAGCGGGAGAUUUGAAAGGGCCUGGGAGAGGGCACGGCUGAGGCGAUUCAGGCGUUUGCGGAGCCGGGGGAGUAGCUGUGCCUGCGGCUGCAGCUCUCCUCCCCCUUUCCCUCUAAGGAUGGCCCAGAAGGAGAACGCCUACCCCUGGCCCUACGUCCGGCAGACGGCUCCAUCUGGCCUGAGCACCCUGCCCCAGCGAGUCCUCCGGAAGGAGCCUGCUACCCCUUCUGCACUUGUCCUCAUGAGCCGCUCCAAUGUCCAGCCCACAGCUGCCCCUGGCCAGAAGGCGGUGGAGAAUAGCAGUGAGACACCCAACCUCUUAAGGCGGAACUUCACAAUUAAUGACUUUGAGAUUGGGCGUCCUCUGGGCAAAGGCAAGUUUGGAAAUGUGUACUUGGCUCGGGAGAAGAAAAGCCAUUUCAUCGUGGCGCUCAAGGUCCUCUUUAAGUCUCAGAUAGAGAAGGAGGGUGUGGAGCACCAGCUGCGCAGGGAGAUCGAAAUCCAGGCCCACCUGCAGUAUGUUUCGACACCCUCUGAGCCUGAGCCCCUCUGCUCCCUCACCCCCAGCUCCCUGUUCAGCCCCACCUUGUCUCUGGAUGUGGCCAGUAAGCCCCAUUUAGCUCUCAGUCUGGGCCAGAGCCUUGAAUCCAGAGAGCUGCCCCCAGUUGCCCCUUACUGCCCUCCGCCCUGGUGUCCCUGGCCUGGUCCACAUCUGACCUAUUUCCCCUGCCAUCUUUCCCAGCUCCUUUAUGUCAGGAUGCGGCUUGAGGCCUCCUCUGUCUCUUUCCCCAGGCAUCCCAACAUCCUGCGUCUGUACAACUACUUUUAUGAUCGGAAGAGGAUCUACUUGAUUCUAGAGUAUGCCCCCAGAGGGGAACUCUACAAGGAGCUACAGAAGAGCCACACUUUUGAUGAGCAGCGAACAGCCACGAUCAUGGAGGAGUUGGCAGAUGCCCUGAUGUACUGCCACGGGAAGAAGGUGAUUCACAGAGAUAUAAAGCCAGAGAAUCUGCUCUUAGGCCUCAAGGGAGAGCUGAAGAUUGCUGACUUUGGCUGGUCUGUCCACGCUCCCUCCCUGAGGAGGAAGACAAUGUGUGGUACCCUGGACUACCUGCCCCCAGAGAUGAUUGAGGGGCGCACGCACAACGAGAAGGUGGAUCUGUGGUGCAUCGGAGUACUGUGCUACGAGCUGCUGGUGGGGAACCCACCCUUUGAAAGUGCGUCACACAAUGAGACCUACCGGCGCAUCGUCAAGGUGGACCUGAAGUUCCCCCCUUCUGUGCCCGAGGGAGCUCGGGACCUCAUCUCCAAGCUGCUUAGGCAUAACCCCUCAGAACGGCUGCCCCUGGCCCAGGUCGCAGCCCACCCUUGGGUCCGGGCCCACUCUCGGAGGGUGCUGCCUCCCUCUGCCCUUCAGUCUGUCCCCUGAUGGUCCCUGCUUUUCACUUGGUUGUGUCUGCGUUUGUAUGUCUGUGUAUGUGUAGGGGGAAGGAGGGGUCCCGGCCCAUUCCUUAUCUGUCUUCUACCUCCUUUUUGUUUAAUAAAGGAUGAAGCUUUUUAUACCAA